AGACAAACCAAAACAACCUCUCAAACCAUAUUAAGUAGUGCAAAGCUUUCCCACAUAAACUCUAGAUAUAAGCCAUCUCAAAGGAGAGAGAGAGAAAGAGAGAAGCAAUUCAAGAGAUUCAUUCUCAUUUAACAAAAAAAAACAUGGGCUUAUGGAAUUACCAUGUUCAAGACAAUACUAAUCUAUGCUUUCAACCUCCUACUUUCAUUGAAUGGCUCAAGCCAUCUUCUUCUUCAGUUACUUCUUCAUCAUCGUCAUCCUCAUGUUCUUCUGCUACUCAACAGGUUCAGCUCACAAAUCCAUCCAUGACCAUACUAAAACUUCCUCUUCUGUACCCUCAACAGCUAGAAAAUCAAGAUCAGUUUGUUAAAGAAACCAUCCAAUGCUUGCCUCUUUUUACAGAGAAGGAAGAAUUGAAGGAGGAGGAGAAUAUGGAAGUGCAAGAAAGUGUGGUUAAAGAAGAAAAGAUUGACCAGGUUACAGUUGCUUUGCACAUUGGACUACCCAAUACCAGUAGUGGAGAUUCUGAUCUUGAUCAAGUUGAGACUAAAGUUUCUCAAGAAAAACAAGAACAAGAACAACCAUUCAUGAUCAAGAAAAGCUUCCAUGGCUGUACCUUUAACGCAGAGAGUAGGUUUUGGAUCCCAACUCCUGCUCAGAUCCUUGUUGGGCCUAUGCAAUUUGAGUGCUCCAUAUGCAGCAAGACCUUCAAUAGGUACAAUAACAUGCAGAUGCAUAUGUGGGGGCAUGGAUCAGAAUUCAGAAGGGGACCAGACUCACUCAGAGGAACACAACCAGCAGCAAUGUUAAGGCUACCAUGUUACUGCUGCGCGCAAGGAUGCAAGAACAACAUCAAUCAUCCAAGAGCAAAGCCAUUGAAAGAUUUCAGAACACUUCAAACACACUACAAAAGAAAGCACGGUGCUAAGCCAUUUAUGUGCAGAAAAUGCGGGAAAACCUUUGCAGUUAAAGGAGAUUGGCGAACCCAUGAAAAGAACUGUGGCAAGUUAUGGUAUUGUACUUGUGGUUCUGAUUUUAAGCACAAAAGAUCACUCAAAGAUCACAUUAGGUCAUUUGGCAAAGGCCAUUCUCCGCAUCCUUCUCUUGAAGGUUUUGAAGAUGAUCAGAAGGAAUGCAUUACUACUGGCUCUGAAGAAGAUGAUUUCGUUCGCUAGCUAGCUAGCAACACGAAUAUCCUCUUGUUUUCGCCUCGCAUUGCAAUCUUUCGCUUGUUUAUGGAGUUGGAAAGCUAUCAUAUAUCUGCUGCUCAUAAUUUGCCUGAAAAGCUUGUGCUCAGUAACAAAAAAUUCUCAAACAGCAUGAGAAGCAAUAGAGGGAGCGGUUUGCUACGGAGCACAUUGCUUGCUAGAGGAUAUGUUGUGAGCAGAAAAUUACUUUGUUUUUCCGGUUUUCGCAGUAAUUAAGUUAAGGAUCGACCCGUCGACGAUGCGUCAUCCAAAAAUAAAGAUAGAUUACCUGAAGUUGGUGGUGAAGUUGAUGAAUUUUCUCCUUCUUCUUCUUUCUUCUUCUUUAGCGACCACAGAUUAAUUAUAAGUAGCGUUGCUAUAAGUGCAUGUAUUAUGUUCAAGCUUUCUUUAUGCAUCAUGCAGGAGAAAAUUUGUCCGCUUCAUUGCUAAGUACUUCAGGUGAUCUUGAUCAAUACAUUGAUCUUUAUUGUUA